GGGGGUGGGAUAACUCUCUCCCUCUCUCUCUAUCUCCGUCUUGCAGUCUCUGUAUCUACACAGACACUUCUUUAAGAUUGUUCGGACAUACCAGAGGAUUUAACUGGAAACGUAAUCAGGAAGUGAGGCUAUUAAAAACUAACAAAAGAACAAAGUUGGCAAGGCCACCUCCAAGCUCGCCACUAAAUGGAGACGACGGAGACAGCCAUUACCCCUGAUGGAUGUCUGGAGCAAGGGCAGAAGCAUAUAUGCCCUCUGUGGGGGGUGAGCUUGAGGGAGAGCCUCAGCCAACUCAAGGAGUAGCGUCAGACUAUCCCUGGACAGGGAACCCAGUGGGCAUCACAGAGGACAAACAGGUGCACGUCCACAUCACAGACUCGGUGCACCCUCUGUUUGUGGAGAUGUGUUCUCCAUCCCCUGUGCAGACAACGUCUCGUGUCACGUCAGCUCCACUGUCUGCGCAGGCUUCCGCUCCAGCUAGUAUGGAGCCAUCUGCCCCAGGACCCAUGCAAACCUCUUCCUGUGUCGCUGCUCAAACCUUAGCCUCUCUCAGUGAGCACCUGACUCCUCAGCUUCCUAUGCAGUGCUCACGUUCUCCAUCUCCUCCCUUAACAGGCGUGUUUACCAUCCAGGCACAGACUUCUGCUUCUUUAACAGAAACUGUGUCCCAUCCUCCCCAGGCAGUCCUUUCUGUACCUGGGCAGGUGUCUGCUCCUCACCUGACCCAGACACCUCCCCUUACACCUGCGCAGUCUUGUGCUUCUCUGGCAAUGCAAAUCUCUCCGCUCUGCUUUGCGCUGCUGCCUGUGCAAACAUCCCCUCCACCACAGUGGGCGGUGGAGGAGGAGGUGGCUGCUCAUUUCGGGACGUGCCUGGAGGAGGUGGGUGUCCUGGAGCGCCGGCGGGAGGCACUGGUGCACGAGCUGCUGCAGCUGGAGCAGCCCAUGAUGGAGGCGGUGCGGGCGGUGCGGGCGGAGCUGGCUCAGGCGUACGGGCGGCUGACGCGGGCACAGCUGCAGCUGUUGUGGCGGCAGGAGGACGUGAGGCAGGUGAAGCGGAAGCUGCUCAACGUGACCAGGCACAGCAUCCAGAGCCAGGUGGAUCUGUCGGCACUGCAGUAUGAGGUGGCUCAGUCUGUCAUCAUGCAGGAGGAGCUCCAGUCCCAGGUCCUGGAUCAUUUACAGGAGGUGGCCCAGCUUCGGGAGGACCACAAAAAACAAAUGGAUAGUCAGCAAAACAACCUAAAGAAACGCCGACGCCGUCGUACCAUGAGUGACCUCUCUCACUGUCGACGCUUCUCUGCUGACCUCAGUAGCUAUACUUGCGGCAGUAUGAAGAUGCUGGAGGACUGGUAUGAGCCCCGUGUGCUGGCCCUGCUGAGACGCAGACAGACUGCAGAGGAGGUGCUGAGGAGGAGCAGGGAGCUCACGGAGGAGCUGAGGACUCGUCUCCUACCCCUACAGGAGGAGGCGCACAAGCUCUCGCUGCAAAGGAAAUGCCUGGAGCAGAAGAUUGCACUGAUGGAGCGGGAGAGGGAGGAGAGUGCCACACAAUACAAGGAGAGCAUCUUUUAUCUGGAAGAGACUAUGAGAGAGCUGAAGGCUGAUCUGCAGAUGCAGAGGAUGGCCAAUGCAGAGCUGAAGCAGCUCAAGAACAGCCUUCUACUGGAGCUUCAGUCUUAUGGGUGUAGCAUUAGCAUCAGUGAGCAUACAGACAUGGCCAGUGGUGGAGGAGAAGACUUGUGAGCAGUCACUAUUGGAAGAUCAAUUUACCCAGGAGCCAGUUAUUAUCAUGUAAUCAACAUAUAUGAUCAUCUGUAUGUUUGCAGUGAUAUUUCAACAUAUAUGUUAAAUAGUCUAUUGUUGAUCAUGUAUACUCUGCUGACCCUGCCAAACACAUUUUGGCAAAAUAUUAUAAUCUAAAAUAUACAUAUUGAAAUAUGCUAUGAUUAUAAUGCUGAGCACUUCUGAAAGUUUGAUUGAAGUGAUUCUAUGUAUGAUAGGUGUCUAGGCCCACAGUGAUUAUGUCAUUGUAAAGGCAUGAUUAAAAGAAAGUGUCUGAAUGUGCAUUAAAUCAACCUCACUUGUCUGAUGUAGCUAUAGCAAUCUAAAUCAAAAUUGAGAGAUGAACCACAACAUUCUUACCCUCAACAAAUUAUUCUGUGACUUUUUCCAAAUUUGUGAACAGAUUCAAAUAGGCCUAUAGUAUUUGUCUACAACAGUCAUGCUGUUCAUCACAUUUAAACUGAACUGAGCAAGGCUACACAUAAUUUAGUUGUACCUGUGUAUAAUGACAAUAAACAUACAAAUUAAUUCAUAUACAAUAAACAAAUGCAUUCA